CAUUCGGUCUUUGAUUGAUGCUGGAACCUCGGAGGAAAGCAUACAGCAAACAACAUCAUGGCUCGCCGGACCUUUAUUACUUUGUCGCUGUCAUUACUGCUCUGGAUACUAGCAAGUGCUAAUGCAGCUGCCAGAAUCUCGGAAUAUAAGUGUGACGAGUACCGUCGGAUAAUCGCAUCGAAGCACGGCAUUAUCUCACUCAAGCUUAACCCCAAGCCGUUGUUCUACCAAGCGUUCAAUUGCUCGAACGUAGUGAAGCUAAUUGUCGGUGGGGAGGCUGCAAAGAUGGGCGAGUUCCCGCACCAUGCUCUACUAGGAUAUGUGAGCGAACAAACGACUGGAAACCACGCGAUGGGCCAUUAUAAAUUCGAUUGUGGUGGCUCGCUCGUAUCCGAUCGCUUCGUGUUAACGGCGGCACACUGUUUCAGCUUUGCUGAUCCCGUCAUCGUGCGUUUAGGUGAGCACGAUCUUUAUGCCAACGAGUCGAAUCGCGUGGACUUUGGCAUCGCCCAGAUCACAACCCAUCCCCUGUACCGGAACUCACGCUCCUACCACGAUAUUGCUCUGGUUCGAUUGAAUGGAACGGUUCGAUUCUCUAAAAUUAUUCGACCGGCCUGCCUCUGGACGGAACCGACGCUAAACGUAAGCCGUUUUGUAGCGACAGGCUUUGGAAGAGUCAGCGAAGAUGAUUAUGAGCUUUCGACAAAGAUGAUGAAAGUUCAGUUGGAUCUGUUUCCAGCCACUGACUGUGAUUUAUUGUAUCGCGAGAAUCGUCGCUUUCGCAAUGGAGUUGACGAAGGUCAGUUGUGUGUGGGCAGCCUAAACGGAAGUACGGACACGUGCCAGGGGGAUUCGGGUGGCCCACUGCAGACGGUGAUUGAUCCGAGAAGCUGCAUCUACCAUGUCAUAGGGGUAACGUCGACUGGUGGUGCAUGCGGCAUCGGUCUCUCGAAGGCUAUCUACGUCAACGUAGCAUGGUAUUUGGAUUGGAUAGAGCAAACGGUUUGGCAGUGUAGCAGGUUAACAAUGAGGCUCAUUGAAUCAGUGUUGUUGCAGGCAAGUUUUCUGCUUUUAAUUAACCAGAAUGCCAUUCAAGGUCAACGGCUAGCAGUACAAAAGUGUGCGGAGUAUGCGAAAAUCAUAACGAAAACGCAAGCCUUGAUCCCGUUGACAAUCAAUCCGAAACCCAUCACCUACAAGAUCUAUAACUGUACGAACGUGGUGCAACUGAUCGUCGGUGGUGAGCAGGCCAAGUUCGGAGAGUUUCCCCAUCAUGCGCUGCUUGGAUAUCCGCGCGACGGCAAUCCCGACGAGUAUGACUUUCGGUGUGGUGGUUCACUGAUCAGCGAUCGCCACAUUUUGACAGCGGCCCACUGCUUCUCCGAAGAUGAUCCCAAGGUUGUGCGGUUGGGCGAGUAUGACACCACCUUUGAGUCGGAAGACGAAGUGCAGUUUGGGAUUGCUGGUGUGAGAAAGCAUCCAAACUACUCGAGCAAACGUUCGUACAACGAUAUCGCACUGGUGAAGCUGGACCGCCAGGUAUGGUUCACGAAAAACAUACGACCAGCCUGCCUGUGGGACUCGGAAUAUCGGAAUAUGACCAGCUACAUAGCGACUGGGUUCGGGCACAACGAAACGGUUUCCGUCGCGUUAUCGACCACAAUGAUGAAGGUGCAGCUGGACGAGUUUCCGGUGAAUGACUGUGGACAAACGUUUCUCGGGGAUAGGCGAUUCAGAAACGGUAUCCACGAUGGCCAGAUGUGUGUUGGCAGCAUUGUGGGUGGUAAGGAUACAUGCCAGGGUGAUUCGGGUGGUCCGCUACAGACGGUUACCACUCCAAAGACGUGCAUCUACCACAUCGUCGGCAUCACGUCAGUCGGUGGUGCAUGCGGUGUCGGCCAAUCGAAAGCAAUUUAUACUAAAGUGUCGUACUAUUUGGACUGGAUUGAAGACAACGUGUGGGGCGCGAAUAAGUUUUGAAGGGAAGUGUUGGAACCCUUCCGUGCUCCUAUUUUCCUAUCCUAUCCUAUUCUAUGUGCUACAGAAAAGGUUAAUCAUGUAGAUAAUUCCAGAUAACUACUACAGACGAAUACAGUAUACGUAAAUAUAGUCGUACAAUGAACCUGAGC